AUGAGCCACAACGGUCCUGUCGAAUACCCCGAAGAGCUGCUGAGUGUCUUCAAGGCGGCCGCAUUGUCGGUGACCAAGCUCUACAAGACGUCCACAACCGCCCAGGCCAAGGCACGGGUCGACGGCUACCAAGACUGCCUGGAGGACCUUCUGGCCCUGCUCGACAAGGGCGGGUGCGAUGUCCGCGUAGUGCGACGAUGGGCCGCCGAGCGGCUGGACGGCCGAGACUCGAUCGUGCCGACGAUCGAGAGCGAAGACGAGGUCGACAAGACGGAUGCGACAUCGACGCCAGAACCCCAGCGACGAGACAGCCGCGACAGCCGCAGCGGGCCUAGCAGUACCGGCAACCACGACACCGCCAUGCGGUCGGACACCGGGUCGCCCUCACCAUCGACUCUGCGAACGGCAGCGAUGUCGACGACAAACGGCAGCAAUUCAGCAGCCGCAGCCACAAGUCACGCCGCCAGCAGCAGUAGUGCGGCCGUGAAAGCACCUGUGGUCUCGGCCAACCCCGGAAAGACGUCAUCGACACGAGCACGGUUGCCAUCGGUGGCCGAGAACAGCGACUGCGACUACCUCGAACCCGUCGAAGUGUCGGUGCCUAUGCAGGGUGCCUUUACCUUUCGCGCGCCCAUGGCCUACCCGCCCGAGUCGUACCUGCAGCUGGCCAACCUCGACCUGUCCGACAAGUUUUCUGCCGGCGGCCCUGCCAGUGCCAGCGAGCCUGGCGCCGAUCAGCAACAACACACCCCUUCCGCGGCCGCUUCGCCCACCUCUUCCGCCUCUUCCUCCUCUCCACACGGCUCGAAGCCGGCCUUCCGCGUACGGCACUCCGGCCCUGCACGCUUUGGCUCGCGAACCAUAAACUCUGCCCGCAUCGGUCGUGGCAACGCCGCCGGCACCAGCCAGAAGCGGAAGCUCAACGUCGAAGAGAUCUUUGACCUGGCCAGCUUGGGCUACGGCAAGGAUGUCUUUGGCCGGGCCGGGCCUAGCAAGCGCCCUCGCCAGGGCUAG